CUUAUUAACUAUGACGUCACCGUGUAGUAGCGUAACCUAAGUCUACUCAGACCGCCGGCAACUUUAAUUUUAAGAAUGACGUUAUUAUUUCCACACAGGUUUUCGUUCACUGUGCGCCGGCCGGAUUACAAGUGUAUUAAAAUAAUUUCAAUUUCUCCGUUAAAAUAAUUGUGAAAUCGAUCGAUAUAAAGCAUGUCGUUUUAUCAACAGCGAGGUGUCGGACCUCUUCCCCCACCGGCGUUGACAGACAAGCUGCGUUUAUACCAUGUGGACAUGAACCCCUAUGGACAUAGGGUCCUGUUAAUUUUGGAAGCGAAGAAGGCUAAAUACGAGGUCUACAAAUUGGAUCCACUUAGACUACCUGAAUGGUUCCGGAAUAAAAAUCCUAGAUUAAAAAUACCAGUUCUGGAGAUCCCAACGGAUCACGGUGAUAAAUAUUUGUUUGAAAGCGUGGUGAUAUGUGAUUACUUGGAUGAGAAGUACACAAGGAACCAGUUACAUUCAAGAGAUCCUUACGUUAAGGCUCAAGACAGACUUCUCAUUGAAAGGUUCAAUGAGCUAAUUAAAGGUAGUUUGGAGUGUUUCGACACUAACUUCGCGUUUGGAAGCGAACAGAUAAUUCAGACGCUAGAUAUUUUUGAAAAGGAAUUGACUUUAAGAGAUACCAAUUACUUCGGAGGGCACCGUCCUGGUAUGCUGGACUACAUGAUCUGGCCAUGGGUAGAGAGGCUGUACCUCCUCCGAUGCGUCAACGAGAGGAAAUUCGACGAGAAGAGAGGAUUAUUCCCUAAUUUUGCUGAUUGGAGCGAUCAAAUGCAACUAGAUGAGGUUGUGAAAAAACACGCGAUCUCACCACAAGAGUAUUUCGAUUAUUACAAGAAUGCCCGAACGCAUUCUAUGGGAUACUAUUUAUAAUCUGUGCGUCUAUAACCAUAGUCGUUUUGUACCAUCUGUGUAUGUAUAGUCUUUUGGCGGGAAAAUUACAGACUUACCUAAAAGUUUUUUGACAAACGUCAAAUUAUUAAAUGUCACAAGAUAUUUUUUUGUUCACAAUAUUAUAAAUAGGUGUUUUUCUAUUUCAUUUCAAAAGAAUAGUGUCUGGAACACUUUAAAAUAUUUUAUGGGUUUGAUGUCAUUUGUAACGCUAAUU